AUGGGACCGCGAGGAUUUACCCUUCCUCCAGCCAACACACAGUCUGCGAAGCAAGCACGCAGCGCCUUCUUCUGUUCACUAUGUCAGAAAGGCUACAGUCGGAUGAAUGAGUUCGAAGCGCAUCAGUCAUCCUACGAUCACCAGCAUAAGAAGCGAUUGAAAGACAUGAAAGAGAUGCAGAGACAGGUUCAACCUAAAAAAGAGGAAAAGGGUCCAUUGAUGCAAAUCAAAUUGGGCACCACAGUGAAGAGCUCUUCUGGCGGUGGUGGGUUUAAGAAGGGAGGAUUCAAGAAUGCAUUUGCGCCAGCUGGAGACGAAGAAAAGCCUGCGCUUGAAACGGAUGAUGCCGUGGCUGAGAAUACAAAACUCGUCCCAGAGGAUCAAGACAGCGACGUGACAGAUGACGAGGACUAUUACGACCCGCUACAACCGACUGGAUGUAUGCCUGGUUGUAAGAGCCAAGCGGCUGCCGAACAUCAAUGA